UUCCCGCUCUGUCCCACGGCUGACAUCACGCCCGGGGUUUCCAUCGGAUGAGGGAGGGGGAGGAGGCUGCGCUGAACUGCUACGGCGGCAGCGUGAUGGCGGCUGGGACCGGGAGGACUUAAAGCAACGGCGACGCACGCCUGCUUACCUCAGGCAUUUUUUUUAACCCAUUCCUUCCUCUCCUCCCCUCGCCUCUUUUGGAAGGAGUCGCGCUCCCUCCCCCUUCUUUUGGGGGCAAACCAAGCGAAAGGGCCGGGAAGAGGCAAGGAGAGGGUGAGGAGAUCCAGGCCGGCCCGGGAGCGCCUCUUUCUCCGCCGCCUCAGCCCUUUUUUUUAAAGGGCCCGGCUGCAGCGCUCUCCGCCGCUUCUUCGCCACGCUGUUCUUCCAGACAGGCCCAGGCAGGCCUGGCGACGCUCAGGUAACUUAUGCAAGAAUCAUGAACUGCUGAACACAGUGAAAUAUCUGAAGCACAAAGAGAGACUUCUAAAAACAAUUUAUAUCCUGGUUACAGCCUGGGAUAACUUUUAUUUAUAUUUUUAUUUUGGUGAAUAUUUACAAUGAAUGGACACAGUGAUGAAGAAAGCACAAGGAACACUAGCGGAGAAUCAAGCCAAUCAGAUGAUGAUUCUGGGUCUGGAUCUGGAUCUGGUUCAAGUUCUGGAAGCAGUAGCAAUGGAAGUAGCAGCCAGUCGGGAAGCAGUGAUUCAGAUUCUGGUUCAGAGUCUGGCAGUCAAUCAGAAUCAGAGUCUGACACAUCCAAGGAAAAGAAAGUCCAAGCUAAACAUCCAAAGGUUGAUGGAGCUGAGUUUUGGAAAUCAAAUCCAAGCAUUCUCGCUGUUCAGAGAUCUGCAAUGCUCAGGAAACAGCAACAGCAGUCAAAAGCAGCAUCCAUAAAUAGUGGAUCAGAAGAGGAAUCAUCAAGUAGUGACGAUUCUGGAGAUGACUCAUCCAAUGAAAUCAAGAGGAAGAAACAUAAAGAUGAAGAUUGGCAAAUGUCUGGAUCAGGAUCUAUUUCGGGAACAGCUUCAGAAUCUGAAAUAGAAGGAAGCAGAGAAAAAAGUAGUUGUGAAGAGAGUGAAUCUGAUUAUGAACCAAAAAAUAAAGUCAAAAGCAGGAAGCCUCCAAGCAGAAUAAAACAAAAAAGUGGAAAGAAAACUGCAGUGCAGAAAAAACGACAACUUGACUCAUCCUCAUCCUCAUCCUCAGAUGAUGAUGAUUAUGAUAAAAGAGGUUCUCGCCGCCAGGCAACAGUAAAUGUUAGUUAUAAAGAAGCUGAAGAAGCAAAGACGGAUUCAGAUGAUCUCCUAGAAGUUUGUGGAGAGGAUGUUCCACAGCCUGAAGAAGAUGAAUUUGAAACAAUUGAAAAAUUUAUGGAUAGUCGCAUUGGAAGAAAAGGAGUAACUGGUGCUACAACCACUAUCUAUGCAGUUGAAGCUGAUGGAGAUCCAAAUGAAGGAUAUGAUAAAUCAAAAGAAUCUGGUGAUACGCAGUAUUUGAUUAAAUGGAAAGGUUGGUCCCAUAUUCAUAAUACCUGGGAAACUGAAGAAACUCUAAAGCAGCAGAAUGUUAGAGGAAUGAAGAAACUGGACAACUAUAAGAAAAAGGAUCAGGAAACUAAGCGCUGGCUGAAAAAUGCUUCUCCAGAAGACGUAGAAUAUUACAACUGUCAGCAAGAGCUUACAGAUGACUUGCAUAAGCAGUAUCAAAUUGUAGAGAGAAUUAUUGCCCAUUCUAAUCAGAAGUCAGCAGCUGGUUAUCCAGAUUACUAUUGUAAAUGGCAAGGUCUUCCUUACUCGGAGUGUAGCUGGGAAGAUGGAGCUCUUAUUGCAAAAAAGUUCCAGUCACGCAUUGAUGAGUAUUUUAGUAGAAAUCAGUCGAAGACUACGCCAUUUAAAGAUUGUAAGGUUUUGAAGCAAAGACCAAGAUUUGUGGCUUUAAAGAAGCAACCUAAUUACAUUGGAGGUCAUGAGAACCUAGAAUUAAGAGAUUAUCAAUUAAAUGGACUAAAUUGGUUGGCCCAUUCAUGGUGCAAGGGAAACAGCUGUAUUCUUGCUGAUGAAAUGGGUUUGGGCAAAACGAUACAAACCAUCUCCUUUUUGAAUUACUUAUUUCAUGAGCAUCAGUUGUAUGGCCCUUUCCUGCUCGUAGUACCUCUUUCCACCCUGACAUCUUGGCAAAGAGAAAUCCAGACAUGGGCUCCCCAGAUGAAUGCUGUAGUUUAUUUGGGAGAUAUUACCAGUAGAAAUGUGAUAAGAACUCAUGAAUGGAUGCAUCUACAGACUAAACGAUUAAAAUUUAACAUCUUAUUGACAACUUAUGAAAUUCUGCUGAAAGAUAAGUCAUUCCUUGGAGGCUUAAAUUGGGCCUUUAUAGGAGUAGAUGAAGCUCAUCGAUUAAAAAAUGAUGACUCCCUCUUAUAUAAGACAUUAAUAGACUUCAAAUCUAACCAUCGCCUUCUUAUCACUGGAACACCUCUACAAAAUUCCCUGAAAGAGCUGUGGUCCCUGCUUCAAUUCAUCAUGCCAGAAAAAUUCUCUUCUUGGGAAGAUUUUGAAGAAGAACAUGGGAAAGGAAGAGAAUUUGGUUAUGCAAGUCUUCACAAAGAACUUGAACCAUUUCUGUUGAGGAGAGUUAAGAAAGAUGUAGAAAAAUCUCUACCUGCCAAGGUGGAACAAAUUUUAAGAAUGGAAAUGAGUGCAUUGCAAAAACAGUAUUACAAGUGGAUUUUAACAAGGAAUUACAAAGCCCUAAGUAAAGGAUCAAAAGGCAGUACCUCAGGCUUUCUGAAUGUCAUGAUGGAACUCAAAAAGUGUUGUAAUCAUUGCUACCUCAUUAAGCCACCAGAUGAUAAUGAAUUCUAUAACAAACAGGAGGCCUUACAGAACUUGAUCCGGAGUAGUGGGAAGCUAAUUCUUUUAGACAAGCUGCUGAUUCGCUUACGAGAGCGUGGCAGUAGAGUACUUAUAUUCUCUCAGAUGGUGCGGAUGCUGGACAUCUUAGCUGAAUAUUUGAAAUAUCGUCAGUUUCCCUUUCAAAGACUAGAUGGGUCAAUAAAAGGAGAACUGAGGAAACAAGCACUGGAUCAUUUUAAUGCAGAAGCCUCUGAGGAUUUUUGCUUUUUACUGUCUACAAGAGCUGGAGGUCUAGGUAUAAAUUUGGCAUCUGCUGAUACUGUUGUUAUAUUUGAUUCUGACUGGAACCCUCAAAAUGAUCUGCAAGCUCAGGCUAGAGCACACAGAAUCGGACAAAAAAAACAGGUUAACAUUUAUCGUUUAGUGACCAAAGGAUCAGUAGAGGAAGAUAUUUUGGAGAGAGCCAAGAAGAAAAUGGUUUUAGAUCAUUUAGUCAUUCAGAGAAUGGACACUACAGGAAAAACUGUGUUACAUACAGGCUCUGCACCUUCUAGCUCUGCUCCUUUUAACAAAGAGGAACUGUCAGCUAUUCUAAAGUUUGGUGCUGAGGAACUUUUCAAAGAACCAGAAGGGGAAGAACAGGAACCGCAGGAAAUGGAUAUAGAUGAAAUAUUGAAGAGAGCCGAAACACGGGAAAAUGAAACUGGACCAUUAAGUGUGGGAGAUGAAUUGCUCUCUCAGUUUAAGGUGGCCAACUUUUCCAAUAUGGAUGAAGAUGAUAUUGAAUUGGACCAUGAACAAAAUUCAAGAAAUUGGGAAGAAAUAAUUCCAGAGGUCCAUAGACGAAGAUUAGAAGAAGAAGAAAGACAAAAGGAAUUGGAAGAAAUUUAUAUGCUUCCAAGAAUGAGAAACUGUGCAAAACAAAUAAGUUUUAAUGGAAAUGAAGGAAGACGUUGUAGAAACAGAAGAUAUUCUGGAUCAGACAGUGACUCUGUCUCAGAUAGAAAACGACCAAAAAAACGUGGAAGACCACGGACCAUUCCUCGGGAAAACAUUAAAGGAUUUAGUGAUGCAGAGAUUCGGAGGUUUAUCAAGAGUUACAAGAAAUUUGGGGGGCCUCUUGAAAGAUUAGAUGCCAUAGCUAGAGAUGCUGAAUUGGUGGAUAAAUCUGAGAUAGAUCUCCGGCGGCUUGGAGACCUUGUACAUAAUGGAUGCUUCAAAGCUUUGAAAGACAACUCAUCUGGACAAGAAAGAGCAGGAAGUAGACUUGGAAAAGUUAAAGGCCCAACAUUCCGAAUAUCAGGGGUACAAGUAAAUGCAAAAUUGGUUAUCUCACACGAAGAAGAGUUGGAACCUUUGCAUAAAUCCAUUCCUUCAGAUCCAGAGGAAAGAAAGAGAUACACCAUUCCUUGUCACACUAAGGCUGCUCAUUUUGAUAUGGAUUGGGGUAAGGAAGAUGAUUCCAACCUUCUAAUAGGCAUUUAUGAGUAUGGAUAUGGUAGCUGGGAAAUGAUAAAAAUGGAUCCAGAUCUCAACUUGACACACAAAAUUCUACCAGAUGACCCAGAUAAGAAACCCCAAGCCAAGCAGUUGCAGACCCGUGCAGACUACCUCAUAAAAUUAUUGAAUAAGGACAUUGCACGAAAAGAAGCACAAAGACUUUCUGGAAUAGGUUCAAAGAGAAGAAAGAUAAGAAUGAAAAAGAGCAAGAUUAUAAAAGCAAUAAAAAUGAAAGAGGAGUUAAAGAGUGACACAUCACCACCACCUUCAGAUAAGUCUGAUGAAGAGGAAGAAGAAGAUAUCAAGGAUGAAAUGGUUUCAUUGAAAAAUUCAAGUAAGAUAAAAAUGGAAAAAGAAAAUGAAGAAAAUCCUGAUGCAGCUAUUACUUUGAAAAAGCAGGCUGAUGAAAGGAGAGAAACUAAGGAAAAUAAAAAGGAAUUAAAAAGGGAGAAAAAAGAAAAAGAGGACAAGAAGGAGCUAAAAGAAAAAGAUAUGAAAGAAAAGAGGGAAAGCAAAGGAAAAGAAUACACCCACAAAGAAAAAGAAGUUAAAGAAGAAAAGACAAAUGAUUAUAAAUCUGACAGCAAAGACAAAAUAAAGAAACCCCCUUCAGCAGACACACCUGUUCAUAUAACAGCAAGUGGUGAACCUGUUCCUAUAUCAGAAGAUUCAGAGGAGUUGGAUCAGAAAACGUUCAGUAUAUGCAAAGAAAGAAUGAGGCCUGUCAAAGCGGCAUUGAAACAAUUGGAUAGACCAGAGAAAGGUCUUUCAGAAAGGGAACAACUAGAACAUACUAGACAAUGUCUCAUAAAAAUUGGUGACCAUAUAACUGAAUGUCUAAAAGAAUACACAAAUCCUGAACAAAUUAAACAGUGGAGAAAGAAUUUGUGGAUUUUUGUUUCCAAAUUUACUGAAUUUGAUGCCCGAAAACUACACAAGUUGUACAAACAUGCAAUUAAAAAGCGCCAGGAAACACAGCAGUAUAAUGAACAGAAUAUCAAUAGCAGUGUGAACACAAAUUUGAUUAGAAAUCCAGAUAUGGAACGAUUAAAAGAGACCACGAAUCAUGAUGACAGUAGUAGGGACAGUUACUCCUCUGACAGAUACUUAUCACAGUAUCAUGAUCAUCACAAAGACAGACUUCAUGGAGAUUCUUACAAAAAAAGUGAUUCAAGAAAAAGGCCUUAUUCCACUUUCAGCAAUGGAAAAGAUCAUAGAGAUUGGGAUCACUAUAAACAGGAUAAUAGAUACUACAAUGAUAGUAAACACAGAAAGUUAGAUGAUCACAGAAACAGAGAUCACAGAUUGAAUCUGGAAGGAAGUUUUAAAGACAGUCGAUCACAUUUAGAUCACCGGAUACAUUUAGAUCAUCGAUCCAGUUCAGACUACAGUCAUCAUAAAUCUUCAAGAGAUUAUAGGUAUCACUCAGACUGGCAAAUGGACCACAGAGCUUCCAGUAGUGGACCCAGAUCACCAUUAGAUCAACGGUCACCUUAUGAUUCUCGAUCUCCUUUAGGACACAGAUCUCCUUUUGACCAUUCAACAGAUCAUAAAAGUACACCAGAACAUAUGUGGAGUAAUCGGAAAACAUAGCAAAGACUUAACAUUUCAUGGACUUCUUUUUAGCCAUACACAAUAAAACUAACACAGUAAUUGCCUUACAUGACUUGAAAGAUGUGGACCGGAUGUGCUCUGAGUAGCAGUAUUGUUACUACUUUCCAGUAUGCUAGUUAUAUUAUCCCCACAGAAGAAGAAAUAUUUUUGUAUUUAAAGUUUUAAUGCUGCACUGUGCUACAAAUGUUGUGGCACAUUUUUUUAAAGAAAUAGGAAAUGUUUACUUUUUACAGGGACCUCAACACUGCCCAACUUAGACUGGAUCUUAAUCUGAAUUCCUUGUCAAUAGUUUUAUCCUGAAUACAGUUUAAAUUAUGCUUUUAGAUGAGUAUUCACAUGAUAACCUGUGAUAGUAUUUCAGGAAAGGGGAUUUUUUCAAAGGAUGUCAUGACCUAGUUCACUUUCCAAAGCUACUUGUUUACGUUAUACGCUGCGACCACCUUGCCGCUUUUUCAUCACAAGCUUGAAUAUUUAAAUUCUGUACCUAUAAUUGUAAAAUAGUCAGGCGUUCUACAGUUUGAUCAGUUGUAAUGCCUUUUUACAAAAUGACUGUAAAUUAUUGUAAAUUAAUUAAAUGAGCUUCCCCUCCCCUGUCUUUUUCUUUCUAAAUUGGUUUAGCUGAUCAUUUCCUUUUAAAAAAUUUUUUUUUAAAAAAUAAAAGUUCAGAUGAAAUAAUUAGAAUCUAAAAAUAAAAAUAAAAAACCUGUCUGCCUUUAUAAGAAGAAAAUUCAAUUCUAUAGAUUGAAUUACAUGCAAAUGAAUUUUUAUCCCCUGACAUUUGACUCAGGUUGGACAAUUACGUCCAUUAUCUCUUUUAUGUUUAUGUGCCCCCAAGAUGGAUUGUCUUAAAGCAUAUUCAAAGCUAUUCUGAAUCUAAAACACGCAUGUUUAUCAGAAUAAAUUUAUUGAUUCAAUCAUAUUUAUCUUAUGUAAUUUUGCAUUUCAGCAAAUAAAAGCUACACUCUAAAAGUGUAAAGUCCCUGUUA